GGAAGUAUUUUUGUUUAGUUACCUAUAUAUUCUUGUUAUGGGAAAAAGUAUUUUUUUCCAUUCCAAGUAUAAAAUAAUAAUUCAGCUGAAACAGUUCAGGUUGAUUGAGUAAAUUCUACUGAAACUACCUCCGUAAACACUGACACUACCUCUGUUUACGGAGGUAGUGACUAUGAGAACCUAUUAAUUUUGCGUGAUAUUGAUCCAGUAGAAACAAUCAUGAAUAUUUCAUCAUCAAUAAUUGAUUGAUUUUUAUAUACUAUAGGCCUAGUACAGGUUUAUAAUAUUUAUUGGUGAAUUGAAAUGAUCAAAUCAUUUUUAAAAGGUGAAAAUUUAAAAGAAUAGAAAAAGUUAAUUUACUUAGUUGGAAAGUAAUAGGGAAGAAGAGAAAAUCAUAAAAGAGUUCGUACAGUUCAAGAAGGUAAAAAAUUUGGAAAAAAUGAAAAAACAAUAAGCAUAAAUGAUUGUCAAACGUUCCCUUCUUCCCUAUCAUAAACCUGAUUUGAGUAUUUCUCUCGUCAUAUUUCUUUGCCUCUUUUUGUAACUAGCUUGCCUAUAUAGUUUCUUCUCCUUUUUAAUUACUUCUGUUUAUUGUUAUGUGUUGUGUCUGGUAUUUUGUAUAUUCAUUAAACUUACUCUACUAUGUCUUGUCAAAAUUAACUUUCUAAUCAAUAAUAUAACUUAAUUGUCCUGCAUUUUAGAAUUCUCAUCAAUAAUAUAACUCAAUUAUUGUGAUGCAUUUUGGUAUUGUAUUUUUUGUUAGUGCAUGCUUUUCCUACUUUGAUAAGUUUAUGUGAAAUUGGUGUCUAUAUCGUUGCAAUAUAGAUAUCAAAUUAAUAAAUUGGUGCUAUUUCUUUUCUAGAAGGGCAAGUAGUAUGAACAGAGACUAUGAAAUGAUGUAUACCAUCUACAACAAUACAAUAUGCUUUCAAAUUUGUGUGUGCCUCUACUCAUCAGUUAAGAUGGAUGAUUUGGUUUUGAAGGUACAAAAUAUUUUGCUGAUCAUACCUCUAGCCGGAAUUCUAUUUCUCUAUUGUUUCUAUGCUCAAGAAAUGUUGAAUGAGGGGGAAAGGUUCCGAACUACACUCUGGGAAAGUUCGUUUGUUGAUAAGCCUAAAUGGUACCGAUCUUCAAUGCUCAUCAUAAUGAUCCGCAACUCAAAAGAAUUGGAAAUGAAGCCAUUCGGAUUCUACGUUUUGAAUUUGAGAACUUUCUCUAUGGUCAUGAAAGCAGCUUAUUCUUACUUCAAUAUGCUCAACUCUCUGAAGAAGAGAAUAUGAAAUUUUGAAUAGAAAUUAUAGUAUGUUAUAGAUCAAUUUAUUGAAAUAAUAAAUAUGUCAUUAUAUCCCA